GCGAGCCAAUAUCGUCGCCAAGUGUUAGUAAUUGAUUGGUGCAAAGACAUUUGAAGUUAAUUUGGCGAUUUAAUAAAUGCGUUUCAAAUUAAUUUUUAGUGCACAUAAAAAGUCGAAGGGAGGAUAAGAGCACGCAUGUCCAAUUCCCAGGCAGCGUGAGUAGAGGGUGGCGAAUCAAAUUUCGAGCGUGCUCCGAAGUGGCCCUUCCAAGAUGGGAUACAAAACUCUGUUUCCCUAAUAUCGAUUACGCGAAUAUGCUCGUCCGCGUCUCAAUACUUUAUUCGAAAAGUGUGCACAUAUAACUCCCCCGAACUUCUAGAAACGCGAAUGUUUUCUAAUCAGCCGUCGACGGUAGCGGCGCUCUCUAAUCAUGCGGACUGCAAUUGCAAUAAUUUUUCAGUUUUUAUACGCGUGUAACUUUACCUAGUGCUUAACGGACCGAAGGAAUGGCGCAAUUUGUGACACACAUUCAGCCGACCUUGAUGGAAGCGUCCCACCAUCACGCUCCUCACCACCACAAAGAGUGCCACAAGGACCCGAAGGGCAAAUCGCACAAGGAGUCGCUCAGCCACCACAAGCUGCACCACGACGACGUCGAGAGUCACCUGAAGGACGCGCAAAAGCACCAAGGGCACCCGCGCGAGUUUCCCGUCCUACCGAAGGACCACCACGCUCACCACGAGGAGUUCGCGAAACUCUUUCAGAAACCGGACCACGGCCACCACUCGAAGGCCCACCACCAGAACGGACAGCUGAAGGAGAGCCGCAGCCAGUCCGAGGACUCGGGACUAUACAUCGACUCGCACGGCAUCCCUCACUCCUACCAGCUGCACUUCAUCGACGCGCAGGGUAUCCACAGGGACGCCGAGGGCCACGCGCUCGACGACGCCAAGAACGGCAGAAAGACGAGCGCCGAGAUGCACCCCAAAGAGAUCGACAAUAACAAGUCUCAUCAUCAGGGCGAGAGGGAGACGAGACCGACGCCGCCCCAGCACAUAGAGCUUCAUAGUGUGCAUAAUUUGGAAAAUAAAGCGUCCGACGGCAAUACGUCCUUUCUGCGCGCGGCGCGUGCUGGUCACCUCGACAAGGUCCUCGAGCAUCUCAAGCAGAACAUCGACAUCAACACUAGCAAUGCGAAUGGGCUUAACGCGCUGCACCUGGCGUCGAAGGAUGGCCACGUGCAGGUGGUCGAGGAGUUGCUGAAACGUGGGGCGGCCGUCGAUUCGGCCACGAAAAAGGGCAACACAGCGCUUCAUAUCGCUUCCCUAGCCGGACAAGAAGAUGUAGUUAGAUUACUUGUCCAUCACGGCGCUUCUGUUAACGUCCAAAGUCAAAAUGGAUUCACGCCGCUUUAUAUGGCCGCUCAAGAAAACCACGACAACGUCGUCAAGUACCUUCUGGCGAAUGGCGCCAAUCAAAGCUUAGCGACGGAGGAUGGCUUUACACCUUUGGCGGUGGCCAUGCAACAAGGUCACGAUAAGGUGGUGACGGUGCUCUUGGAGAACGACACCAGAGGAAAAGUGAGGCUUCCCGCGCUCCACAUCGCCGCAAAGAAGGAUGACGUGAAGGCGGCCAAAUUACUCUUAGAAAACGAACACAAUCCGGAUGUCACCUCAAAGUCCGGAUUUACACCCCUCCACAUAGCGUCCCAUUACGGGAACGAAUCCAUAGCAAAUUUACUUGUACAGAAAGGCGCAGAUGUGAACUACUCCGCCAAACAUAAUAUAUCACCCCUGCACGUAGCGGCGAAAUGGGGCAAAACGAAUAUGGUGGCCUUGUUAUUAGAUAGAGGGGCGUACAUUGAGUCGAAGACGCGCGAUGGACUGACACCUCUCCACUGCGCGGCGCGUAGCGGCCACGAGAAAGUUGUAGAUAUGCUCCUAGAGCGUAGCGCACCAAUUAGUUCUAAGACUAAGAACGGCCUGGCACCACUGCACAUGGCGGCGCAAGGUGAUCACGUCGACGCUGCACGCAUUCUUCUUUACCACCGUGCACCAGUCGACGAGGUUACCGUUGACUAUCUGACAGCCCUCCACGUCGCCGCCCACUGCGGUCACGCGAGGGUUGCCAAGCUUCUGCUGGACCGAGGGGCGGACGCAAACGCGCGUGCGCUUAACGGUUUCACCCCUCUUCACAUCGCUUGCAAGAAGAAUCGCAUUAAAGUCGUCGAGCUACUUCUGAAGCACGGCGCAAGUAUCGGCGCGACUACCGAAAGUGGGCUGACUCCGCUCCACGUUGCCAGUUUUAUGGGAUGCAUGAAUAUUGUGAUCUACCUUUUGCAACACGAGGCGAAUCCGGACGUUCCGACGGUGCGCGGAGAGACCCCUCUGCAUCUGGCAGCGAGAGCGAAUCAGACGGAUAUAAUUCGAAUUUUGCUGCGGAACGGCGCCAACGUCGACGCGCGCGCUCGCGAGCAGCAGACACCUCUGCAUAUCGCCUCGCGCCUAGGAAACGUAGACAUUGUGAUGCUGCUCUUGCAGCACGGGGCCAAGGUAGAUACGACAACGAAAGAUAUGUACACCGCGCUCCAUAUCGCUGCCAAGGAGGGGCAAGACGAGGUGGCGGCUGCUCUAUUAGACAACGGGGCUUCUUUAAACGCGACAACCAAAAAAGGUUUUACGCCACUCCACCUGGCGGCGAAAUACGGAAAUAUAAAGGUAGCAAAGCUGCUUCUUCAAAAAGAAGCGCCGGUUGACUCGCAGGGUAAAAACGGCGUGACGCCUCUUCACGUAGCCUCCCACUACGACCACCAAAACGUCGCCCUUCUGCUACUCGACAAGGGCGCGUCGCCGCACGCGAUUGCGAAAAACGGACACACUCCCUUGCACAUAGCGGCCCGAAAGAAUCAGAUGGAUAUCGCGAACACGCUGCUGGAGUACGGCGCCCAACCGAGCGCCGAAAGUAAGGCGGGUUUCACUCCGCUUCACUUGAGCGCCCAAGAGGGCCACACCGACAUGACGUCGCUUCUACUCGAACACAACGCCGAUGUAAACCACCAAGCGAAAAACGGACUGACCCCGCUCCACCUCUGCGCGCAAGAAGAUCGGGUCCCCGUCGCCGAAAUCCUACUGAAGAACGGCGGCGAAGUCGACGCCCAAACCAAAGGCGGCUACACACCGCUCCACGUCGCUUGCCACUACGGCCAGUCGAACAUGGUCAAAUUCCUCCUCGGCAACGGGGCCAACGUCAAAUCCACCACGUCAAUCGGCUACACGCCACUCCACCAGGCCGCCCAACAGGGCCACACGAACAUCGUCAACAUCCUCCUGGAAAACUCGGCGCAACCGAACGCCGUCACGACGAACGGCCAGACCCCCCUCAACAUCGCCCAGAAGCAGGGCUACAUCAGCGUGAUCGACACCCUCAAGGUCGUCACCGAAACGCCCGCCGGCAGCCCCAACGUCGGCGAGGAAAAGUACCGUGUCGUCGCGCCCGAAGCGAUGCAGGAGACCUUCAUGUCCGAUUCCGAGGAGGAGGGAGACUCAACAUUUGUGGAAUUUUUGCUCGCGCUAACCAGUCGAGGAUGUUAUGGACGGAUAUGGUCAGGCGCCUCACGAGCAGCACGUCUAUCUGCCGUAUUUCAACGGCACGUCCCUUCUGAGCCGUAAGUUUUGCGCACAGGUUCAUUUUUCCAUCGAUUUUUUUCAUCUCAUUCUUUUGAUUUUUGUUGCAAAGCGUAGGUACUGAACGAACUAGUGAGCUUUUAGUGAUUUUGUGUGGCUUCAAAACCGAAAUUAGUGUGUGCGUGUGGAUGCUCGUCCAUGUCCAUGUGAGUACUACUUUAUUUGGCCAUUUAGUCAAAAGUCCAAAAUCCUAGCUCCUCCUAAAGGAAAUUUAUAAAAAUUGAACCCUCAGCGUUCUAGAUUUUGAUUUUGGACUUGACCAGGUUCAAAACAUACGCGUUUUCAUAUUGUGCAAAAUUUUGGUCCCCGUGCGAGGUUAACACUUUGGUUUCGAGACUUAAUUUGAUUUUAUAA